UCACAUCUGCGUCGGUACCGGGAAGGAGAAGAUGGGACUGAGACAUGGAAGGGACGGGGAGACACUCCUCACUUCACAUCUACCAGCUCACCAACCUUGUUAAUAUUAACCGCCGUCUGGUCCGAAUUUAACGCGAACGAGGCGGCACGAGCACCACUGCCGGGGACCGAAGAGAAACUUCCCUGGUUCACGAAUGCGGGCUGGACGCGGCGCUUUCCGUAAUUUGUCUCUCAUUUGUCCGACUGAAAUUUUGAAAGAGACGGCCGGGUCAGCGAAAGUACAGACGAGACGAGGGAUUUCUUCCGAAUUGGAGAGAGAGAGUGCUGAGGAAACUCGUACCGGCGAACACUGAAUCAUGAAUACAGAAGAAUACUCGAGAAUAUUAUCGGUGAAUUUUGCCUCAAGUUCUGUGGAGAGAGACUGAGUUUCGGGAGACAGCUCGGAGGGAACGCUGAGCCAUCAGUGUGAGUCCUAGUACUUGGAAAUUGCUCACGGUUCGACGCAGUGGGAAGAGCUGCUGUGUGAGGUGCGUUUCUCGUAGAACAGGCAGUUUUCCUCGUGACUCACUUGUGAACACUUGUGAAAGCAGCUGCCGUCCCCCUGUGUGCUUUCCGAAGCUGCGUGGACCAGGGGAUCACUUGUUGCUGGUGGUAGGGGGAAUCAUCUGCUGGUGGUGGGUACAUGAGACAAGUACAUUGAUUGAUCAGUUCCUCAGCCUCCCCCCCUCCCACACUCCAACACAACACCAUGUUGGGCAACAUGACGUGUGAAAACGCCACGGUGAUCGAGGCAGACGGCAGCCCAGUGGUCAGCACGUUGAUGUUCGUGGCCGGUUUGGUGGGCAAUGUCCUGGCACUGGCCAUCCUGAGCCUGCAUCAGCGCAAGCGGCGCGCCAAGACCUCCGUCUUCUGCAUCCUGGUCACAGGGCUGGCUGUGACGGACCUGCUGGGCACCUGCUUCCUUAGCCCGAUGGUGUUUGUGUGCUACGCCCAGCACGCCUCGCUGUUGGGCCUGACGGGUGGUCGAGGACUUUGUGGCUUCUUCGCCUUCAUCAUGACCUUUUUCAUCCUGGCCUCCAUGCUCAUCCUAUGCGCCAUGGCCGUGGAGCGCUGCCUGGCCAUCAGCCACCCUUACUUCUACUCCAAGCGUGUGCGAAGAAGCUUUGCCAAGGCGGUCGUGCCACUCAUCUACCUCUUCACCUUUGCCUUCUGUUUGCUGCCUUUCCUUGGCUAUGGGAAGCACAAGCAGUUUUGCCCGGGCACAUGGUGCUUCAUCAAGAUGGAUGCAGAUGACGAGCUUGGGGACAAGCAGCAUGUGCUGGCCUUCUCCCUGUCCUAUGCCUCCCUGAUGGCUCUGCUGAUUGUUGUGGUCUUCCUUUGUAACGGUUCAGUGAUUCUCAGCUUGUGCCACAUGCAUCGCAGUCAAAUGUCCCGUCGAGGCUCUGUGGUGUCCACUGGGCGCAGGAAGAAAGUCACCUCCUGGUUUAAAGACGGAGAGGAGGAGGUCGACCACCUGGUGCUGCUGGCAUCCAUGACUGUCAUCUUUGUCAUCUGCUCGCUGCCUCUAACCAUCUGUGGCUUCAUCAGCGCCGUCUCGCCAAGCGGGGACGACCAGCAGAGUCUGACGGCCUUCCGUUUCUCAGCCUUCAACCCCAUUGUGGACCCCUGGGUCUUCAUCAUCUGCCGCAAAGCCGUAUUCCAGCACUUGCGCUCAAUUUUUCGUUGCCGCUUCCCUGGGGGGGCACUGAAGAACACGGCACGCUCCACUCUCAGCUACCCACCUCAGAAUGGGUCACUCCAGUGCCCCUCCACUUCGCAGCUGCAGAACUUCCCCCGCCUACCCAUGUGCAGUCUCUGAACCAGUAUGAAACCCAGUGUCCAUGGACAGAAUGUGCCCAUGAGAUCCUGAGCUCUGAAUGUAGACACCUGGGCCACUUCAUCUCUUUUUCACAUGUGGAAUAAACCGCCUUAUCUUCUCCCAAACAAUUAACACUGUGCUGGGUGUCAGUUGUAAAGUGAUCUCAAACUCUGCUAAACUGACAGACAGCCCCACGCUCAGUUUCCAGUGGAGACAGAGGAGCAUCAGACAAAUCACAAGCUCAUUCUCUCUGCUCCCUGUGCAGCAGCACAGUAACCACACAUCACAUUAGUACAUUGUUCCCACAAUGACCGUACACUUUGUGCAUGACAGAGAGAUAGAAACCAAGUAUAUGUGAAGCAGGUACAUCUCCAGAUAAUGAGCCACUUAACUUUAAAGAGUAUCUUUGCUCAUGCAAAUGACACUAGGGUACUUUGUGAUUAGGAAACUGGACACGAAGAAACUGGUGUUUCAAGUCUCAGCUGUGUAGCUAUUUGCUGUAGCCUUGCAAAGUGCCUAAUUGAAAGUGUUUCAGUAAAUAUCCAUCUGUAAAGUAUAGAGCUGUUAUUGUCAUUUUCAUUUCAACAUUUAGCUGAUGGUUUUAUUCAUGAUGACUUCUGUUCAACAUGUUCUGAUGAGAGAAAAGCAACAGGAUUUUUAGAGGAAUGAGACCAAAACAAUUUACAAGUAUCACAUUGAGCUGAGAAAAUCCUGGACAUUUCGUAAUGCAUAAUACACUUACAAUGCAUAUACAAUUCAGUGCUCUACUGAGACUACCCUGGAUAAAACCGAACACUAAUCAAAACAGUACACAAUAAACAGACAGCAGAGAAGCACAGAACGUGCCAGUCAAAGCCAUUUCUGCACUUGCUUCCCCUUGCUGAUCUUGUUCCCAUCCCCAUGCCAAUGCUUAUUGUCAGACCACAAGGAAACAGAAGGAACGGGAUCUUUGACCUUUCACCUUUGAUGCGACAUCACCCAGGAAACAGCCACUGUGGAACUGGAAACGGCUCCAAGUAUAAUGCAGUAGCACAGCAUCUUUAGUGUUUUUUUUCUUGAUUGCUUUGUAGUUUGAUGAGACAGGAAAAACUUUGAUGGCGAUUCCCACGGCCACUUGCAUUCCAGGCAGUAUCCCCCCAGGGCCAUUCCUGACACUUGUCAGUUUUUCAACUAGGAAACAUCACCACCACACCAUUUCUACUACAAUUUCUCACAAGGAUGGAGAGCAGAGCAGGAGACCUUUAAGUAGGUAAUUCUGGCCCUGGUGCACAAGAGUUUGGUACCACGAGAAUAGGGUGUAAACUGACAUGUGCGAGCUGUCUGGAACAUUUCACACAUUUGGUGACCGUGAUAAGAACCACGGAAAUGAUUCAGUUCCAGAAGUUUCUCUGGAAGGAUUGUGACAUCUGUAAUAAUGAUGACAAAUGAGACUCAAAUGCUCACCUUUUGAAAUCCUUGCACCGAUUGCAACGAAAAGAUCACUCCCAACAAACUCUCAGCAUAGUACUCAUAACUUUAGUUUACUUGUUAUGGUCAGAGGAGGGAAAAAAAAAAAA